AUGACUGAGUGCUUCCUGAAGUCCAAGACAGUGGACCCAGGUCACAGCGGUUGUCAUACCUCAGAGGUCCCGUCUCACCUUCUGCUGUCACCAUGCUGCAUUCUCUUGUGCCAGUCUCUGCACGGAAAGCCCUCUCACGCCGUUUCUUCCGAUCACAUGAUGUCUGUGGUUCAUAUUCCAACACAGGCAGAGUCUGCAGCAAAGGCUGAUAGAGACCCUGACCUACCAGGUGAUCAGAGCCAAGGAUCAUAUCCAGUGCUCUCCGACCUGGUGGACAUGCUUGUCAUGAAAGUGCCCUGGGGGUGCAAAUUGAGAAAGACUUCAGUACCUCCCAGCGCCCUCAGUCAUGCUGGGGAAAACAUCACUGUGCUCAGUGAGUUCAUCCUGGUGGGCUUCCCCACCGCCCCCUGGCUGCAGGUCCUGCUCUUCUUCCUCUUCCUUGUGGUCUACCUGCUGGUGGUCCUAGAGAAUCUUGUCAUCAUGCUCACUGUCUGGGCCACUGGCUCCCUCCAUAAGCCCAUGUACUAUUUCCUGAGUAGCUUGUCCUUCCUGGAGGUCUGGUAUGUCUCCGUCACAGUCCCCAAGAUGCUGGACGGCUUCCUCCUGCAGAGACGGCGCAUCUCCUUCACAGGGUGCAUGACCCAGCUCUACUUCUUUAUCUCGCUCGCGUGCACGGAGUGUGUGCUCCUGGCAGCCAUGGCCUAUGACCGCUAUGUGGCCAUCUGCCACCCUCUCCAAUACCCGGUCAUCAUGACCACAGCUUACUGUGUGCAGCUGGUGGCUUUCUCCUAUGUGAGUGGUUUCAUGGUCUCUGUGAUCAAGGUCUAUUUCAUUUCACACGUUGCCUUUUGUGGCUCCAAUGUCAUGAACCACUUUUUCUGUGACAUCUCACCAAUCCUCAAGCUGGCCUGCAAAGACAUGUCCACGGCUGAGCUGGUGGACUUUGCCUUGGCUAUUGUCAUUCUUAUCUUCCCUCUCACCACCACCAUCCUCUCCUAUGUCUACAUUGUCUCCACCAUCCUGCGCAUACCCUCCACCCAGGGAAGGAAGAAGGCCUUCUCCACCUGUGCAUCCCACCUCACUGUCGUCGUGAUUUAUUACACAGCCAUGAUUUUCAUGUAUGUUCGGCCCAGAGCUAUCUCAUCGUUUAACUCCAACAAACUCAUCUCAGCCGUGUAUGCAGUCCUCACACCCAUGCUAAAUCCGUUCAUCUACUGUCUGAGGAACCAGGAAGUCAAGAGUGCUAUCAGAAAGACUGUGGGGGUUGGCCAGUGCCUUCUGCUCAGCUGA